GCUAAUUGUGCGGGUUACUAUCACGAUCCGCUAUUGUUCUAUAGGGUUGUGGCAUGACAGUAGGAUUGUGUGGGUGACUGAACCCGUUUCAUGAAAAAAGCAUGAAGGUAGGAAAACCAACUACCAAUUUGAAAGAUUCAAGACUACUGUUUGACCUGUUGAGAAAUUCAUCUCUGUCGACAGUUGUCUUUCAUGUUUAUCAACCUCCACGUUUUAUUGUUGCUACAUCCUGCCUCAUUAUGCCAGGAGCUACAGCUACCAAAACAACCUGACGAGGCAUCCAUUAUCUACACGUUCGCAAAGGCACGGACAAGGACAAUUCCAACAAGGUGAAAUUUCCAGUACCGUCUACUCGUUGUGAAUUGCCUGAUUUGUGUUUAUUUAGCGGGCGCGAAAUAGAGUUGUGCAGCAGACUGCAAACUUGUCGUCGGGGCAAACGUGCUACAUUGCCAAGGUCCUUUGGAUAUCUAGUUGCGAAUCGUCAACAUUUGUGAUGCACUGUAUGUUUGAGUCAGUAUGUGUCCAUAGAUUAUUUAACUUAUCCGCACAGGGGAGUUAUCUGUGGCUUUCUAAUGCAUCGGUCAAUCACUGGUCAUCGAUCGCGUGUGGAUGAAAUAACCUGUGGAUUUUGCAAGCAUUCGAUUAUACCAGUGGUCACUUUCGCUCUUUGUUUCACGCUGUUGGGUCUUCGUUCAGUCCUUCCAUUAAAUAUUUGGCGACUGAUUCAUCAGCAAUUUAUAAAGCGAAUGUUGAUCUAGGUUGCUCAGCAAAGUGUUAAGGAGGAAAUACAAAGGAUGCCUGCCUUCAACUGCUUCAUCGUCGCUCUUCCCGUUACCAUGGUGUUCGUCGUUAGCACUGCAUAUGGUCAAGAUUCCCGCUACCUAGGCUGUUUCUUUGACUCUAUCCCAAAUCGAGUACUCCCAAAUCUGACCUUUUGUGGUGAUGUCAUGGAAUUAUGCAACAACUACUGCAGUACUACAGUUCCCUACUGUCAGAGCUCUACAAACAUGUCCGUAACAACCUGUCUGGGCCUGUGUUCUGGCAAAGACUUCAUUUUCGCAGGGGUUCAAGCUGGCACGCAGUGCUUCUGCGGCGAUGGAACGGCUGCGUACGAUAUAAAUGGCGAGGAAGACAACGAGGACUAUUGCAAGUCUAACUGCAGAGGAGACAUAACUCAAAAUUGUGGAAGCGACUUCCGAAUGCGAGUCUACGAAAUCGGAUGCCUGCCCAUCGACGCACGACCGCACACUACAGUCUUGCCGGCCAACGAGAACUUUUUUGAGGUUGGUCAGACUGUGAGUAUUUCGUGUCAAAAAGAUUUCUUCGCAACCGGUCCAGGCAAUCUGACGUGCCUGCCACUUGGAAGAUGGGAUCUUGCACCGCCAUCUUGUCUCCCGAAUGUUUGCAAGGCACCAGAGCCGCCACCGGGCACUGUCGACCAGGGAAAUACAACCCAGGGUAGUUUGGAGUUCCGUGGAGGAGACACGCUGGCUUACAAUUGUUCAGAUUCAAACAUCGCAGUUAGCAUUAGCUGCAUCAAGGGCGAAUGGGUGGCAGACUCAAUGUGUCCAGGUACUCAACCAACCAGCGAGCCAACAACAAUGAUGACGUUCAUGGUUACCGAAAUGUUUGACGCAUCAUCUUUGAGUUCUGUGCCCGACCAGAUGACUACAGAUGAAGCAACAGGACAAAACAGAACAAACGAGCUGUGGGCAACAAAUUCAGGCAGUACAGAAUUUGCGAGUUCAACUCAAGCAACGGUAAUACAUGUAGAUGUCAUGACAACACCUCUGGGGGAUGUCACAACCUUGACAUCGUCGGUCACAUCUUCUCGAGAACAGACUGUACGCAUGUUGUGGUUAAUCAUCAUUGUGGGUGCCGCCCUGUUUUUCUUUGUUGUUGUCUUGUUCAUUGCUAUCAUCACAGUAUGUAGAAAGAAAGCUGAAAGAGAUAAACCGAUCAAUUUCCAAAGAAAUUCCGAAUUUCCGAAAAUCGAGGAUAUAUCACAAGUAAACUAUGCGUACGAGGGUGACAGUGAAGACCAGCCACACCAGAAUGGUCGCCAAACAACCGGAUCACCAAUCAGAAUCAGUACUUUGCACUCACAACGGGAGAUCACGGUAAACAAUAAUGAUAACACCCAUAACUAUGCAAACCCUGUCGCCCCUGCCUACACCAUUAACCAUUCGGGAACUGUUCCAAAUGAAUGUUCACCAGCUACGCAUAACCAUAUCAUUAACGCCGAGGCGAGAACUGGAUCGUGGGUGGACUUACCUGAUAUUCCGGAACCAGACUACGAUAUGGCAUCGAGGGAAUCAUAUGUAGAAGUUGUGACAAAACUUUGA